AUGCCAUCCGACCCCAACUGCGAUCUUCCGCCGGUCGUGCGCAAGUUUCUCCGCACUGCCCACACGCGGACGCAAGCCACGGUCCGGCAGUCGCAGCGCUCGCUCCUACGCUUCAGCAAACAAGCGCGACGCGCCGUCUCGCAGUUCGCCCGCCCGCUCCCCCCUCCCCGCCAGCAGCGCUCCGCCGUGUCACGCCGCUCCAACGACUACGUCCGCGGCGGCGUGGAGAUGCUGGCCACCGCCGCCGCCAUCUCCGUUGUCGUCUACGCGUCGUAUAAGGGGCUCGCCCGGUUCAACACGGCUGACGAUAUCCCGGGUAGCCUCAUACGGCAGGGUCGUGUAUUGCAUGGAUACGUCGUCUCCGUGCGCGAUGGCGACGGCAUUCGAAUGAGGCAUACCCCGUUUUUGAGGCGCUUGAUGCAAGACGUAGCUGUUCCGAAGGGGAAGAAGCUUUCUGAGUCGACUAUCGCCGUUAGGCUUUCGGCCGUGGACGCGCCGGAGUCUUCGCAAAAGUACGGGAAAGUCGCCAAGGAGUGGCUCCGCGAAUAUGCUGUUGGACGCCAAGUGCGCGUGCAGUUGCAUUCGACCGAUAGAUAUAGGCGCGUCGUGGCAACGGUGUACCGCAAGCAUAACAAUCCGCUGUUGAGAACUCUGGGUUUGGGGCAGAAGAAUCUUUCGAUGGAACUCACGCGGGCGGGGUACGCCACAUUGUAUGAUCGCGGCGGGGCGCAAUACGGAAGUGAGAAAAUGAAGAAGCUUUACAUGGCUGUCGAAGCUUCGGCCAGAAAGAAGAAGGUUGGUAUGUGGGCGGAUCCAAAGGGCUAUGUUUCUCCCAUGGACUACAAGGACGCUUUGAGGUCGGGCGUCAUGAGAAAGCUGAAUGGACCUAGGAUUGUGAAGAAAACGACAGGGACGGCUGAGAAGAAUGCAAUGUCGAAACCGAAUUCGCCGGUUGAAGGCCAGGGGCAGGAGCAUGACUCCUUAUUAGGAUCGCUGUAUAGAUUUGCGGCCAUGUCAUACCAUUUUCUCAAGCGCUACCGGUAACUGAUAACUGCUGUCUUCAUGCUCUUUUCGGCGCUUGAGCGCUCCGCUCAAUUUAUAAAUGUCCGAGUCUCUACUGGGCAAGCUGGCACCGCAUUACGUGUGGCACCAGUGCAGGGAGAUGUCAUAA